AUGUCUACAGGAAGAUACCCAAACCGUUUGAAGAUUGCUAUAAUUGCGCCAAUUUUCAAAUCCGGUGAUUGCACGAACCCUAGGUACUAUCGACCGAUUUCAACCCUAUCAGUGUUCAAUAAUUUCCUGAUUUACAUUCCACCCGAUAAAAGCCGGGACGUUGUUUUUAUGGAAGAUCAUAUCGCCACCGUCCGUGAACUAAGUGUGUCCGCCAACUCCGAAGCUAUCAUUCUCGCUUGUGGCGACUAUAACCAGCCGCGUUUAGCAUGGUCUAACGACGACAACAGCUUACGUCUCGACAACCCGAUACUUUUGACUCCGGCGAGCGCAGCGCUGAUUGACGGAAUGGAUUUCUUGAACAUGAAUCAAAUUAAUGCACAACUAAAUCACCUGCGCCGUACAUUGGAUUUGGUUUUUUUAACCGAAGGAAGCCAUGCAAGCCAUGAAGUAUUGACCGCCGUUGAUUCACUAGUGUCCGUAGAUCCUCAUCACCCUCCUUUGACCAUUCGCUUCAACGCACCAGCUAAAUCAGUGACUUCGCUUCCAGUGGGAAAUGUAGAAGAAAGGAAAAUAAAUUACCGCAAAAUUGAUUUUGACAGCCUUUCUGCCCAUCUGUCCGGUUCUGAUUGGAGUUGUAUCUACGAUUGUACGAACGUCCAUGACAUGGCAUUCAAAUUUUGCGACAUCAUUCGCCAAUGGCUGAUUGCGAACGUUCCUUUGAAACGGUGCCCAAUUUCACCUCCUUGGAGUACGCCUCUCCUCCGGAGGGCGAAGCGUGUACGCAAUCAAUGGCAGCGACGUAUGCGAACUCAUCGAUCCAACUUUACAAAAGUCAAUUUCAAACAUGCAAGCGAUGACUACAGGCAUCUAAAUGCUGCACUCUACAAAUCACAUGUAUUAAGGGUGCAGUUUGGUCUACGUCGUGAUCCAAAAUCCUUCUGGAGCUUUGUCAAUAGCAAACGCAAAAACCCAAUAGUUUCGUCCAAUUUAGUGUAUGAAGACAAGGAAUCCAGUGAUGAAGCCGUAGCGUGCGACUUCUUCGCGAGACAUUUUGCUUCCGAGCCAUCUAGCGAUUCCGAUGCUGAACUGGCUGCGUCUAACAUCGUUGCGGAUGCAGUAGAUUUGGAUACGUUUGAAAUAUUACCUGCAAUGAUCAUCCACGCCUCCAAGAAAUUGAAGAAUUCAUUUUCUCCUGGACCGGAUGGUAUCCCUGCAUCUGUCUUCUGUCGCUGCAUAAUUGCAGUUGCAGAGCCGCUUGCCUUCAUUUUCAGACACUCGUUUGAAAGAGGAGUGUUUCCCAUGUGCUGGAAAGAAUCAUAUAUGUUACCUGUACACAAAAGUGGGGAUCGACGUAAUGUGAAGAACUAUCGUGGAAUAACCAGCCUCCCCGCUGCAUCGAAAAUUUUUGAGAUUAUCGUCAGUGUUCAAAUUCUACAUGCUACUAAGUCCCACAUUUCGUCCGAUCAGCACGGUUUCAUUCCCGGUAGAUCCGUAAGUACCAAUCUGUUGGAUUUCACCAGUACUUGUCGAAGCUUUAGAACAAAAGGCACAGGUAGACGUGAUCUACACAGACCUAAAGGCAGCCUUUGA